AUGUGUCCAGACGUGAUCAACAUCGCGAAGCUUUCCGAUGGCGGGUCAUCCGAACAUCAAAUCCAACAUAGGAUCGACCUUUUGAAUAAAUGGAAUAUUCCCCUAGGCUCAAAGAUCCUCGAAAUUGGCUGCGGACAAGGAGAUUGCACCUUGGUGACAGCCUACAUGGUGGGGGACCAUGGCCACGUCACGGCGAUUGACCCGGCACCAUUAGAUUACGGCGCACCUAUGACUCUAGGAGAAGUACAAGACAAACUAAAACAGAGUUCCAUCGGCGACCGAAUGACAUUCUAUCAAUCAAACCUUCAAGAGUUUCUCGAUUCAAGCGCUUCAGAGCAAGUCUACGACUAUGCCAUGUUUGUGCAUUCAGUGUGGUACCUACCAUCUGCCAACGUGUUGCUGCCAAUGCUAGCAGCUCUCCGCGGAAGAACGAAACAGCUUCUCAUUGCAGAGUACUCCCUCGAUAUCCGCGGUGAUAUUGCUGUUCUACCGCAUCUGCUGGCGGCAAUCUCGCAAGCCGAAUUCAACUCUAGAGGCAAUGCCUUAGACCGGGAUGACAAUAUUCAAUCCAUCAUAUCCCCACAAAUGAUUUGUGCGUUGGCGCAAAAGGCAGGGUGGGAGCUUCAGAAAGAAGACAUCGUUGAGUCCUCUGAGGGACAAGAGGAUGCAAGAUGGGAGGUUCAUCGAGUCUUAUCGGAAGAUUAUAGUCUCAGAUCGGAGUCAUCUGGGGACGCUAGUCGCCAAGGCUUUGCAGGUUCGUUGGUCCAUGCUGUUGCAGAGAGCACCCGGGCAAUUGGACCCAGUCCAAAGCUCAGGACAUUGCCUACGUGGAUGGGCUCUUGGGUGUGA